CUAACUCUCCUAUCUGCAGAGACCUGUCAGGAAGAUCACCGUCCAAUGUGCCGAAGAAUGUUGCGGCUGUCCAAUAGACCCAUCCAGGUCCGCAUUCCGAAGCAAGGCGCUAUACGGAAGGGGAGGAGGGCUCCAAACCGCCCAUCCGGACAAACCCCCCGCGACAUUUCUCAAAUAACCCGAAUCAACACUCCAACCCCAAUCUCAUUCACCUGUAACCUCCACUCCGCUCUUCUCCACCCUCACCACGCAUCCCAGACAAUCUACAUCCCGACCUCAUCUACCCACCAUCCAAAUGCACCCACGACACAUCCUCCCCUGGCUAUCGUGGCCACUUCUCGCCGUCUGCGCGACACCCUCAUCAUCACCCUCCCCAGCCGCAAAAGUCACCCCCAUCUACCAAUUCCAAGGCUCCGGCACCUGGGCCGAAAACAUCGCCAUCCGCUCAACCGGCAACCUCCUCGUCACCCGCGUCGAUGCCCCGGAGCUGUGGUCCGUCGACCCAAUCGCAAAGACGGGGUCCCUGGUGCACCGAUUCAACAACGCGACGGCGCUGAUGGGCAUCACGGAGAUCUACCCCGACGUGUUUGCCGUGGCGGUGGGGAAUGCCACCACCGCGGGCGAUCCAGUCACGGGGUCGUGGGCUGUCUGGACGGUUGAUACGACGGAUACCCUCCAGGGGAUAGAUAUCCAGGAGGUGGUAGCAAUCCCUGAGGCUGUAUGGCCGAACGGGCUCGGUCGGAUAGAUGACGCGCCUGGGGUGGUUCUGGUCGCCGAUUGCGUGAAGGGGGUGGUGUGGAAGGUUGAUCUUGCGAAACGCACGUACGCGGUGGCGCUAGAGGAUUCGACGAUGGCGCAGAUGGAUGUACUCGGGAUCAAUGGCGUGCAUGGGUAUAAUGGGUCGGUGUAUUAUACCUCGACGGCGUUGAAGGCGCUCUUUCGGGUUCCCGUGGAUGGGGAGGUUCGCGCCACGGGGCCGGUCGAGACGGUGGCGCAGGGGUUUGGGGUGGAUGAUUUUGCGAUUGCCCCCGAUGGAACCUUCUAUGUUAUGACGCAUGCGGGGAAUACGAUCUUGAGAAUGGGGAAGGAUGGGGUGGUGGAUACAUUCGCUGGGGCGGCGGAUAGUCUGGAGGUCGCGGGACCGACGGCGGGUCAGGUUACGGGCGAUGGGAAGACGCUGUUUGUGGUUACCUGCGGGGGCUGUGGAAGAGAUGCCCCGGAUGUGACGGUGCCGGCGGGGGUUUUGGCGGUCGAGCUGGAUCCUUCUAUCUGA